CGUUUGAACUUAGCUCUCCACUUCCCUGCGGAGAAAGCAAGGCGAGGUUCAAAACUCGACAUGGUGCACAGCGACGGUCGAUUUCACCAAAAUUCGUGGCCUGCCGCGAACUCCUUAUUCGACCGCCUCUUAAAGCAAGCAAACCUCUUGGAUUUGAGCAGACGGGGAACCCAUCCCGUCUUUUCCCUUGAUGGAUUCUCCUUCUCCAUCUCGAUUAGAUUAUCAAGAAGCGGACGAGUAUCAAUCCGCGGAGGAGGCCAUGGAGGUUUUACCCGAUUCGGAGUCCGAAGGAUAUGAAAUAGAACUAGAGUCCAUGACAGGAAAGGGUACAAAUCGUUUGUGCACGGAGCUUCUUGAAUUAAAGAAAGCAUCAGAUGAAGAUUUUCAGAAAAACAUAUAUUCAAAUUAUUCAGCCUUUCUGAGGAUAUUUGAAGAAUUUGGAGCCAUAGAAAGUGAAAUCAUGAAAUUGAAGAAUCAUGUUUCAACCCAAAGCAUGCUUGUAGAAGAGUUUAUGAACAGCUUUCAUUCAGAGAUAAUAUUGGAGAAAUUGGAAAACAUGAAUGAUGAGUGUGCUGAAGAUCUUGAACUUGAUUUUCCCAGCUGGAUGGAAACUCACAUGCAAAAUAUUCUUGAAACAUUGGAUAUUCUUAUGUCAGAGCACAGGAUGGAAGAAGCCUUAGUUGUCUUGGAGAAGGAGAACCAAACCUUUCAAAAGUUGCAAAAGGAAAAAGACAAAUUCUCUCCAAGUAUCAGUCUAUUUGCACGUGCAAUUUCAGAUUGGAGGGCUAGGCUUGCUGAACAUUUUGCUUCAUUGGCUGGACACCGGAGAGUGACUUGGCCAGAACUCCAUGCUGCAUUAUUUGGACUUUGUAGACUUGGUGAAAAUGAUCGUGCAUGUGUUUUAUUACUGAAAUUCUUUCAUCUACAACUUGAAAACAGUGUCAACGAACUGAAAAGCUCGGCACUAUUUCCUAAAGGAACUUACAUGUUAGAACUUACACAGAUUGUGUUCUCUAACAUUUUCCGAGCGGCAAGGAGUUUUGUGCUGUUGUUUGAGGAGGCAUCUCCUUAUUCUUCGGACUUAAUGCAAUGGGCUAGAGUAGAACUUGAUGCAAUUUUUCAUAGUUUUGAUAUGUAUGUCAAGUCAAUCUCAGAAACAAGCUUUGCCUUAGGUUUGGCUGUUGAAAUUAUGACCAUUUCUUUUUCAUUUUGUUCAUUAUUGGAACACGAGAGAUUUAGUUUGCAGUUUGACGUGAUUAAGCUGAUGAGACCUUGCAUAACAGAAUUAUUGCGAAUGCAUUUUGAUCAGUUGAGGAAAGUUGUUAGUCUAUUUGCUUCUACAGAUAAUUGGGUCUUGGGGAAGUUUCUUAUUUCGGGAAAAUUAAGCAACAAUCCACAUUUACUAGAAAUCAAUGGAAAGUUGGAAUACCUCCGGCUUACCAGUAGUGGGAGAAAGUUUAUCACACUCUUGCAGAUGGCUCUUGAUGAUACUUUCCCAUUCCAUGCUUUUCAUUUGGAAAACCUAAUACUUGAAGGACUCAGUGACCUGUUUGAUGAGUACACACUUAACCUCGAAAGAGCCAUAGCAAUAAGAGGACAUGUAGAAAAAUGUGAUUUUACUUCGAUUUCAGCUCAGAAACUUCAUCAACAGAUCUCGAUUUUAGUCAAUUCCUUUGAAUUGGUGCAUUUGUUGCCAACUAUUGUACAAAACUCAUUUAGUGCCACAAGAUUUUCAAGUGAUGUGGUGUUACCAAAACAAGAUGAGCUUUCUUUACAGAAAGGAUUGGAUCUCUGGAAGCAGGCAAUUCAAGAAGCAUCAGACCGAUUAAAGUGUUGUUUCUGCCUGCUAUUUGUCUCUGACGUCUUUAGCCAUGGAAAUUCUGAAUCCAUGAAAGAUCUGGAAACCUGCAGUUGUAGCCACUGCAUUCCAGGCUCCUCGGAAGCUCCAAUGCCUUCUUUUGUUUUUCAGGAACUGUUUGUACGGCUGAGGCAAUUAGAAGAACAGUUAAAAUCUAUAUUGCUUGCUGAAGAUGGGAUGACGAAUAACUUGUUAAAUGGGAUUCUGCUGUCCGUGAUUUGUCGGCUUUCAGAAAACCUAGAGUUCCUGCAAAGUACGAAGUCCCAUAAACAGUUGCUUCUAGAUGUGCACUUUUUGAUGGAGAUGGCAAUGGUUGGAGGUUACUUUUCAGAAAAUCUAAUAGUAGCAGCAUUGGAUUUAAUGGCAAUUAUGAAAGAGAAGCUAUCAGCAAAUGAAUUCCAUCUGAACAGUGAAAUUCCUGAAGAGCAGUGGGCUUCAAAUGCUGCCAAACUGGCAAUUAAAACCCUUCUUGAGGCUGAAAUAUCUGAGACGAAUUCAAAAUAUAAUCUUUCACUUGAUUGUUUUAAUAAAUUUACUGAAGAUAGUCGUGAAGGUUUACAAGAAGAAAUGGAUGGAUUCAAAUUGAACGAGGAGCAUGCCUUGUGUACAGGAGAGUCCAGAGUCAGAGUGGAUGGUGAAUUUGUAAAUUCAGUGGACUCUACAAGAUCAAAAACUCAAAUCCAGAUAAUUGAACAUCUUCAAAAUUCAAUGGCUGGUGCUAUAGACUUUCGCCUCCAUCAUGAGAGAUCUAGCAGCCCAACCAUCUUCAGUAAUUGCAUGGAAGAUGUACAAGCUGCAGCAGAAAGUGGUGCCAUUAGUGACAGGUUGAGUGGGACUAGUAGCAUUGAUGAGCUUAAUUUGGAUGACUUUAUAAGAAUUUCUGAAGAAGAAUCUGGAAAUGAUUCAGAUUUGGACACGAUUGCUACACGUCGAGAAAUUGACAAGUUGACUGAUACUAGUGGAUCAGAAAUCAACAGGGUAGAUGUUCGGCUGCUUAGAUUCCUUGAGAAUCUGGAGCUUAAUGGAAACUUGGAACAUCAAGAUGAAAAUGUUAAUGUUUCCAUUUCAGCUGUUUCUGAUGUAGAGAACUUGGCAAAAGUAAAUGAAUCUCGUUCUAAUGCGCUUAAUGGAGAGGCCAUGCCUGUUCUUCAGACCUGUUGCCCGGAGGUAACGCAGGCCUGUCAUUUGGUGGCUUCUUGGGAGGGUUUCCAGUAUGGCAGUUGUGAUGAUAAACGUGAAUUGUCCAGAACCGAGUUUCAGCAUUCCAAAGAGAAAUCAUUUGCAUUGGAGAAUGAUCAAAAUGACAGAACUGAAGCCAGAGUCGAAAUGAACACAUGUGACGUGCAGCAUUUUGAUUUAAAGCUCUUGGCUAGCCAUGACAGGGAUUUGUCCCUGAAAGGAAUAUCUAAUAAUAAUUGCAGCGGUGCUCAUCCUCCUGCUAUAGCAACGAGCGAUCGACGGGGACACAUUGGCAACAAACGGUGGACAAGAGAGAUCUAAACAUGCCAAGGCUGUGGAUGGAUUCAAGCAUUCCAGGCUUACAGAAAGGCUCAAACAUGCCCAGACUGCUGCUGACGGCAUAGGAAAGAACAAGGGGAGGACAACACAACCUCAGUGGCAAUAGCUUUGUAUUUGGUUGUAACGUUAUUUGAUCCAAGCUUUUUGAGAUCUGCUGUUUUUCUUCAACUCAGAACUAUUAUUAUGCUGUUAGUAUUCCUUUUUGUGAGCUAUUUAUCCAUGAAGUUUCUUGUUUUCA